AUGGUAGUGUGUGGUAAAUGUUGUGAAGAAGUGUCUAGCGCCAUUCAGUGUUCUGUCUGUCGUAAGUUUUUUAAUGACCCAUGUUCUGGGAUAACUGAAAUUGAAUAUUGCAAGUUAGGAGAUAGACAGUCAUCGCGAUGCUGUGUUUCCUAUAAGACGUCUCAACAACUAACCCGGACUGGAUCACCACUUCCUGAAACUACCCGUCAACCUACUAUCAAUAAUAUUAUGGUCGAACUGCAGAAGCAUUCGUGCCAAUUACUGCCUCUACAAGAAGUCAUAAAUGAUAUUCGAAUAAUCAAAAACGGUAUUUCAGACCUACGAAAAUCUAAUAACAAUAUGUUAGAAAAGCUUGAUAGCUUUGAAAAAAGACUUCAUGUAAUUGAAAAUGCUGAGAAAAAAAUAUCGUCUCUAAAGGAAUAUAUAAAAAAGAUGGAAGCAGAAAUUAAUGAAAAAGAUCAGUGGCUUCGAUCAGAAACGUCGAAAUCAAGGGAGUAG